AUGAAGCAAUCAAUUCGCCUGGCGCCUUCUUCGGCCCGCACCGUGGGUCGCGUCGCUCCCCUCAUGCGCUCCCGAUUUUUGGCCGCUCAGGGCUCUCGGGCCGUGCUGUACCGCAGCAGCUCCUCGAAGGUGUUCCCGCCGCUGGACACCUUCCCUCGCCGCCACAUCGGCGUCACCGACGCCAGCGUCCAGGAGAUGCUGUCCGAGCUGCAGCUCAAGUCGAUCGACGAGCUCGUGCACAAGACCGUGCCCGCCAACAUCCUGCGGGAGCCUCUCAACUUCAAGGAGACCGGUCCGCGCGGCGAGUCGGAGCUGUUGCAGGAGUUCCGCAGCAACCUGCAGCAGAAGAACAAGCUCCUCCGCAGCUUCAUCGGCAUGGGCUACUACGGCACCAUCACCCCGGCCGUCAUCCAGCGGAACAUGCUGGAGAACCCCGGCUGGUACACCCCGUACACGCCCUACCAGGCCGAAAUCGCCCAGGGCCGCCUCGAGAGCCUCCUCAACUACCAGACCAUGGUGACCGACCUUACCGGGAUGGACAUUGCCAACGCGUCCCUGCUCGACGAGGCGACCGCCGCCGCCGAGGCCAUGGCGAUGUGCUUCGCGGGCACCAAGAAGAAGGGCGCGCAGGCCGGCAGCUUCUUCAUCAGCGACGACUGCCACCCGCAGACCAUCGCUGUCGUCAAGACCCGCGCCACCGCCCUCGGCGUCAACCUUAUCGUGGGCAAGCCCGACACCUUUGACUUCAAGGCCAACGAGGUGGUGGGCGCCAUCGUGCAGUACCCGACGACCGACGGUCGCGUGGUGGACUACGGCGACUUUGUGAAGCGCGCCCAUGAGCACGGCGUGGCGGUGGCCUGCGGCACCGACCUCCUCGCCCUCUCCCUCCUCAAGCCCCCCGGUGAAUUUGGCGUCGACAUCGCGUUCGGCUCCGCGCAGCGCUUCGGCGUGCCCAUGGGCUACGGCGGCCCCCACGCCGCCUUCCUCGCCACCGCCGACAAGUACAAGCGGAACAUGCCCGGCCGCAUCAUCGGCGUGUCGAAGGACGUGACGGGCGAGGUGGCGCUCCGCAUGUCGCUGCAGACGCGCGAGCAGCACAUCCGCCGCGAGAAGGCCACGUCCAACAUCUGCACGGCGCAGGCCCUGCUCGCCAACAUGGCCGCCAUGUACGCCGUCUACCACGGCCCCGAGGGGCUCAAGCAGAUCGCCCAGCGCGUGCACACCAUGACCCGCGUGCUCGCCCAGGGCAUCAGCCAGGCCGGCUACCAGUUGCAAGGCAACGAGUUCUUCGACACCCUCACGGUCCACGCCGGUGAGGGAGGCGCCGACGCCGUCGCCAAGACGGGCAAGGAGGGCAGCGUGUCGCUCGAGCAGCUCCUCGCCGCGGUCCAGUCCGGCGGUUCCCGCGCGCUCGGGGACCUCUCGGCGCACCAGCGCGCGAGCGGCUACCUGGCCCACCCGAUCUUCAACUCGUACCACACCGAGCACGAGCUCCUCCGCUACCUCUUCAGGCUGCAGUCGAAGGACCUGGGCCUCAACACGUCCAUGAUCCCGCUGGGCUCGUGCACCAUGAAGCUCAACGCCACGAGCGAGAUGUUCCCCAUCACCUGGCCCGAGGUCUCCCAGCUCCACCCGUUCGUGCCCCUCGACCAGGCCCAGGGUUCGAUCGAAAUGCACAAGGAGCUCGAGAGCCUCCUCUCCAACAUCACCGGAUUCGAUGCCGUCUCCCUCCAGCCCAACGCCGGCGCUCAGGGCGAGUACGCGGGCCUGCUGUGCAUCAAGAAGUACCACGAGACCCGCGGGGAGAACCAGCGCGACGUCUGCAUCAUCCCCACCUCCGCCCACGGCACCAACCCCGCCACCGCCGUGGUGAUCGUGCCGUGCGAUAAGGACGGCAACAUCGACGUAGCCGAGCUCCGCAAGAAGGCCGAGGAGCACAAGGACAAGCUGGCCGCGUUGAUGGUCACCUACCCGUCCACCCACGGCGUGUUCGAGGAGUCGAUCGUGGACAUCUGCAACGUCAUCCACGCCAACGGCGGCCUCGUCUACAUGGACGGCGCCAACAUGAACGCCCAGGUGGGGCUCACGUCGCCGGGCAACAUCGGCGCUGACGUGUGCCACCUCAACCUCCACAAGACCUUCUGCAUCCCGCACGGUGGCGGCGGCCCCGGCGUGGGCGCCAUCGGUGUGGCCAAGCACCUCACCCCGCACCUGCCCAACAGCCCGCUCGUGCCUGUGGGAGGACCCAAGUCGAUCGGUGCCAUUUCGGCGGCCCCCUACGGCAGCAGCGCCAUCCUGCCCAUCCCCUACGUCUACAUCAAGCUCAUGGGCGCACAGGGACUCCGCAAGGCCACCGAGGUGGCGAUCCUGAACGCGAACUACAUGGCGGCCAAGCUCAAGGACCACUACCCCAUCGUGUACAUGGGCAAGCAGGGCAUGGUGGCGCACGAGUUCAUCCUGGACAUCCGACCGUUCAAGGCCGCCACCGGCGUCGAGGCCGAGGACGUCGCCAAGCGUCUCAUGGACUACGGUUUCCACGCCCCCACACUGUCGUUCCCGAUUGCGGGCACGUUGAUGAUCGAGCCCACCGAGAGCGAGUCCAAGGAGGAGCUCGACCGGUUCGUGACGGCGCUCAUCAAGAUCCGGGAGGAGAUCAAGGAGAUCGAGGAGGGCAAGCUGCCCCGCGACAACAACCCCCUCCACCACGCCCCCCACACCCAGAAGGUUGUGUGCGGUGAGACGUGGGAGCGCCCCUACACGCGGGAGCGCGCCGCCUUCCCGGCGCCCUGGACCAAGGUCCACAAGCACUGGCCCGCCGUGUCCCGCAUCGACAACGCCUACGGCGACCGCAACCUCAUCUGCACCUGCCCCUCCCCCGAGGCCUACGCGGAGCACCAGUGA